CCUUUCAUCAAGUUUUUUAUUCAUUGCUAUUGUAAAAUUAUUGAAUCAAUUCUGAUUAGCUUCGGUAAAAUUACCUUUAAUAGGAGCGGCCCCUAAAUUGCCCUUAAAAAUUCUAGAUUUUAAAUGUGAUUGUGUUUAUUGUCUUAUUUCUAAUUGUAACAAACAACCCAAAAGUGUAACCAAAUUGUUCCCACAAACCUUUAACAAAUCAGGCCAACUAACCAGUUUUAUUGGCUAAUAAAGAGACUCAGUAAAUGGUUAAGCUUGAAUAAACACAAUAAUUUGAUUUUUAACAUGAUAAUGACUCAAUCUCAAACGUAUUUUAACGACAUUUGUUAAUCAAGAUAUUAAAAAUACGAUUGAUUCAAUCUACUGAUCAAUCAAAUCAACAUUGAUCUUUCAUUCGAGUAACCAAAGUGUCAAUGCUUGACUUGUUAGAGGCAUUUUGUCCAAUUUUAUAAAUGAAUCAUGAGAAAUCAAUUUUAAAUUAUUGAACAGAUAGUAAAAUAGAUGAUUAACUUACAUGUAACAUGGAUUGAAUUGAGCAACGAGAAAUCAUUAAACUGAUAAUGUUAAAUCUAUCACGAUAUUUUUGGUCAACCAAAAUUACUAACAGUACAAAACAGAGUUACCAUUGGUUACCUUAACCCUAUGAAAAUACAAACAAAUCUCAAUUUCUCGAAAAGUUGUUGGCUUUUUUUUCGGUGCAAAUGUUUUAUUCUGGUUUAACUUUGAUUAGUGAAACUGGUCAAGUCUGAAAUCAAAAGUUGAAAUAGCCAACAGGACUCUAACCAACAUGUCUACUCGCAGACGAAACACUGAGGAAUCAGGCGAUGAGUUUUCGGAGGAAAGGAUCAGAUUAACUGGUAAAAAUAUUGCCAAAAGUUGCCUGAUGCUUCAAAUAUCUCUUUAUUUCAACAUAUAUUUUUCGCCAAUUUACUUCAUUACCCUUUAUCUUUCUUACCAACGUUUUGAAGAUGAAUUGAAAGAAAUGGAAGUAUUUCUAACCAAAACUUUACUCAUUAUUGGAAGCAUUAUUGAGAUACCCAGACUGUAUUUAGGUUAUACUGGUAAUUAUACGCACCGGGUUCCUCAUAUACUUUGUUUCUGGCUAAUGACAACAUUCAUUCAAUUUCCUGUUCAAUUAAUGAUGAGAACAAGUCCAUUAACCGUCAAACCUUUCCUAGCUACAGUUAAUGUAGUCAUGGUUAUAUUUUUAUUUUUUGAAAUUUCUGUCUGUUUCUUUGUUUUUCGUUGGUUACUCAAGCUAAUUCCUAAAAUCAAACAAACGUAAUUCUCGCUCAUAAUCUAUUAUCAACUCGGAUUAUUGCAUCGUAUUGUGUUACCCAUGUUUUACACCCAAGCCAUUACAAUAAAUCAAUUGCUAAGUGCAUUU